AUGAAUAAAGAUAUUAGUUAUAUUAAUUCAACACAUGGAAAACGCCAAUUAAUAUUUCAUGGAACAAGAUAUUGUGUAAAACAAAAUAAUGUAAAUUCGACUUUAUGGAGAUGUACAAAAGGAAAUUGUCCUGCAACUAUUUCAGUUUCAAAUAAUGAUAUUGUAUUACGAGUAAAUGAAAACCAUAAUCAUCUUAUUGAUUUAAAUGACAUUAAAGUUUUGGAACUUCGUCAUAAAUUAAAACAUCAAGCAGAAACAAGUUCUGAACCAAUUGAAAAAAUAGUCGAAUUCUCUUAUGCGAAUAUGAUUACAAAAGAAAAAAUAACAGAUUCAGUAGUAAAAUUACCUUCAGUAAAAACAUUAAAAAAUAAUGUUACUAAACAACGUCGAAAAACUAGACCACCAUUACCAAAAUUACUAGAUGAUUUACCUUUUCCACUUCCAUCAUUAUAUACAUUAACCGGAAAUAAUACUAAAUUUCUUUUAUUUGAUGGACUUUUAGGUGAAAAACGAGGCCUAAUUUUUUCAUCUGAACAUGAUAUUGAAUAUUUAGCAUACCAAAAAUGGUGGUAUGGUGAUGGUACCUUCUAUACUUCUCCAUCUAUAUUCUAUCAAAUAUAUAGUAUACAUGCGUUUGAUGAAGGACUAUCAACGCCUUGUGUUUUUGCAUUAUUAGCUGAUAAACUUGAAUCAACUUAUCAUGAUUUAUUUUCAAUAUUAAUGAACAAAAUAAAAGAAAAAACAAAUAUGAUACAACUUGAGUGUAUUACAAUUGACUAUGAACUUGCUGUAAAAAAUGUAUUCGAUAAACAUUAUCCACAUAUCAAAGUAAGAUAA